GGUGGUGCAGUUAUCGUACAAUCGGCACGGUCAUGCGAGCCUCUUUCAACCGGUCUGCAGUACUCCGAGUCAAAGUUGGGGAUCGUAGAUUGCGCUAGUCAUUUAAUCGAUUACUCUAUAUAAGAGUCUUGUGCUGCUGAUCUCUCAACCUCGCUCAAGUUGAUCCCGUUUUACACCGCGGUUUGCGGAUUUCGAUCAUAUUCUUAUCAUUGACUGAUAUUUCGCCACAUUGAUUGAGCACAACUGGUGAACUACUCAAUCAUGGCAGAGAAGCUGGACCUCAAGGCCGAAACUGCUCGCCUGGAAGAUGAACAACUUGCGGGUCAGAUGCUGUUUGAGACAGAAAAGAAGCCGAUAAAGCAAGUUCUCCGUGAGAAUCCAUAUGUUUUAGGUCUUGCCUGCUUUGCUUCGCUAGGUGGAUUUCUUUUCGGCUACGACCAAGGCGUCAUCAGCGGCAUUCUGACCAUGGAGUCGUUCGGCGAAAAGUUCCCGAGGAUCUAUUCAGACUCUGGCUUCAAGGGCUGGUUUACCUCCGUUCUGCUUCUAUUCGCCUGGUUUGGAUCCCUAUGCAAUGCUCCAAUCUCAGACAAUUUCGGUCGUAAACGCUCCAUCAUUGCUGCCGUAGUUAUCUUUGUCAUCGGUUCCGCUAUUCAGGCUGGCGCUGUCAACACAGCCAUGAUCUUUGUCGGUCGGUCUAUCACUGGAUUCCCGAUUGGAAUGUUGACUGCAACGGUCCCUCAAUAUAUGGCGGAGACGUCUGUACCAGCGAUUAGAGGUACGCUUGUUGUCUUGCAACAGCUUAGCAUUACUCUCGGUAUCUUGAUCUCGUACUGGCUCGAAUACGGAACACACUUCAUCGGUGGAACUCGAUGUGAUCCGUCCACUCCAUACUCUGGUGGCUCUCCAGGUGCAAGGACGUUUGAUCCUUAUAAAGAUGCUCCGCAUGGCUGCACUGGCCAGUCAGAAGCGAGCUGGCGAGUCCCCUUUGCCAUUCAAAUUUUCCCAGCCCUUGUUCUCGGUAUUGGCAUGCUGUUUUACCCCGAGUCACCUCGCUUCUGGCUCAUGUCAGGAAAAGAGGAGAAGGCUAUCUCGGCUUUGUCCAAGAUCAGACGGCUACAGCCGACAGACCAAAAGUUGCGCAAUGAAUUUCUGGCGAUCAAGGCAGAAGUGAUGUUCGAGCAGUCUCUCAUUGCUGAGAAAUAUCACGGAUGGACUGGCGUGCGUCUUUGGGCGGCUCAGUACGCAGCUUUGUUCUCAUCUUGGCCCAAUUUCAGAAGGCUUUCGAUCGGAUGCUGCGUCAUGUUUUUCCAGCAGUUCAUGGGUUGUAAUGCUAUGAUCUACUACGCACCUACAAUCUUUGGACAGCUAGGCCUUAGUGGGAACACCACCUCGCUCCUGGCCACCGGCGUUUAUGGUAUCGUGAACAGUUUGUCGACUCUGCCCGCCUUGUUCUUGAUCGACAAGGUGGGACGUCGCCCGCUGCUGAUGUGUGGAGCCAUGGGGACCUUCGUGUCCCUUGUUAUUGUUGGAGGCAUCAUUGCAGGCUUCUCCGAUCUUGCAUCGAACAAGGCAGCUGGUUGGGCUGGCAUCGCUUUUAUCUAUAUCUACGACAUCAACUUCUCCUACUCGUUUGCCCCAAUUGGCUGGGUCCUUCCAGCUGAACUGUUCAAUCUCGGCGUCAGGUCCAAGGCCAUGUCCUUGACCACAUCCGCGACCUGGAUGUGCAACUUCAUCAUCGGCCUGGUUACACCCGAUAUGCUCAAGACCAUCAAGUACGGAACGUACUUUUUCUUUGCCGCGUUUUGCUUGCUGGCCUUCGCCUUCGUCUGGGUCUUCGUGCCGGAGACGAAAGGUAGGAGUCUUGAGGAUAUGGAUAUGGUCUUUGGGGACGAGGCUGCGCACAUUGAAAAAGUACAUCUUGUACGCAUCGCACAGGGUCUUCAAUAUGAAGAACGGAACCGGACUGAACAAGCGUGAAUGGAUUGCGAAAGGAAGCGGCUCGUCUGCAAUAGAGAAGGGCCUACGCUCUCGACGGGCCCGAUGUGACGUAGCUGGAUAUGACAGCCAUAAAAUGAACGAGAAAAUUUUCUUUCUGAGAGAGGCACAAGUCAAAGCUUUAAGAAUAUUCUUCAUUCAAAAUGCUCAUCAAUUCUUGUCGCUCCAACGCUAUGCAAUAAAAAAAGCCAAAGCAAGAUUCCUUUCGUCA